CUAGUUAUAGGAGUGGUGCAUGUGUCUGGUUUUCUUGAAACAUAAAUUAUACUUACAUUUUUGUCAUUUAGUAGAUGCUUAUUACAUUCAUUUUAAGAUGGCUUGUUGAGACAACAACAUCAAUCAUAGUUGAUGAUGUCACCAGGCCUAGCCAUAGCCUGUCUGCUCCUCUUGCUUACGGGGUCCAAGGGGUUUAAGGUGCUCCCGUCAGACAACUCCAGUACCCACCAAGACAUCACUAACAAAGCCAUCUUACAGACCACAGCCCAGGUGUGCAAGGACCUGGCCUCUGUUGAGGGAAGAGACUUCACUCUGCCGCCUGGACCCCUGACUGCCGAGACUGUGGCUUUAGCCUGCUCUUCGUUUGGUUCUACUUUGAUUUUCCAGACUUUUAUUAAACAAAUAUCGUUGAAUAAUGUAGAAAUUGACCUAAUUCACGCAUUCAGUGGAGAAUAUCACUUUGACAAUGAAAUGUUUGUGAAGGGGCGGAAACUCAUCACAGAUGGCAUGACCUCUGUCAAAGCCAGCAUCAAGCAAGGAAACUUUGUGGCAGCAAGACAGAGGCUGGGAAACAUUUUACACACUUUACAGGACUUCUACAGUCACAGCAACUGGAUAGAACUGGGAAACAUAUCUCCCCUAUCUGAUCUCAUACGAUCAGACGUGCCAAACAUCGGCCCACUUGCAGAUAAGGACACGCCUACAUGCCAGAACUGUGUCGGGGGAGUCUGUCAGAACAACAUCCUAGAAAACAUCAUCCGUGACAAGAAGCUGACCUCUGGAUAUUUUGGCAUUUUUAAACCAAAAGGGAAGUGCAGCCAUGGGGGCUUUUUAGAUUCAACGAGCUUGCAGAAGCCCACAGGCGGGAUAAACAAGGAUGCGUCAGGGUCCAUCCAUGGUUACCUGCACGCUAAAGCGGCAGAGGUGGCCGGGGCUGCAACCAGGGAGCUUCUGCAGGACAUCAGAGGAGCAGCUGGGGACCGCGACUUUCUGCGGAUGAUGGGGAUAUAUACAAAUGGAACCAGUGUUUUGUGUUUUGUGAUCGACACCUCGAGCAGCAUGACAGAGGACAUCGAUGCGGUGAGGAAGAUGAUCUCAUUCAUCAUUGACAGCAAGAGAGGAACGGCAGACCAGCUGUCAGCCUACAUCCUGGUACCCUUCAAGGACUCAGGAUUUGGGCCCCUGAUACGGAUCACAGACCCUGAUGAAUUCAAGGCCCACAUCAAUACAUUGACUGCUAAUGGAGGGGGGGCUUUCCCAAAAAUGUGUCUAUCAGGACUCCAGCUGGCUUUAACCGGCGCCCCCCCCUCUUCAGAGAUCUUUGUUUUUACUGAUGCCCCUCCUAAAGACUUGGAUCUACUCGGCACAGUGACCGCUCUCAUCGAACGUACCAAGUCUGUGGUGACCUUCAUGCUUACUGGCAGUUUGAGUUUCAGUCGUCGAAGACGUAGCGUCCAGAGUCAAGGCCUGAACGGUCGUGUGGCAGCAUCAGACUCCCAGGUCUACCUGGACCUGGCCCAGGCGUCAGGGGGACUUGCUAUACAGACCACCAAGACAGAGUUGUCCCAGGCCACUGGCAUCAUUGUGGACUCCUCCAGCUCUCCAUUGGUGACCAUUUUACAUGCUGUGAGGAGUUCAGGAAGUGCAGAUCGGUUGUCCUUUGUUGUAGAUGAGUCUGUGAGAAACCUGACAGCUUAUUUCACAGGACGCUCCCUCUCCUUCACCGUCACUAGCCCCUCAGGUGUGUCCCAGAGUAAUGCAGCAGUAAACGGGCCACUAGGAAUGAUUGAAACCGUUGGGAACUUUCACAGGCUGCAGCUGAAGAGCCAAGCGGGAUUAUGGGAAAUCAGUGUUUCGUCAACAUUGGCUUUCACUCUGAAGGUUGUAGGUCAGAGCCCCAUUGACUUCCGGUAUGAUUUUGUGGAGGUGAAUCAGGGACCUCACUCAAGCUAUGCUGUUUUACAGUCCCGAGCUCAAGCAGGUGUUAAUGGGACCCUGCUGGUGACGAUAAUGGGGAGUGACUUUGUGAGGCUGACAGAGGUGACCCUGGUCGAAACCUCCGGGUCAGUGGUGGUCACUGGAACUGUGGAAUCAGUAGGCAACAAAGACUACCUGGUUACCAUGGACCAGGUUCCUGCAGGAGAAUUUUUUGUAAGUCUGAAAGGAGAGAGCAUCAAGGUCACUCCUAGAGCUGGUACAAACAGCUUCCAGAGACAGUCCUCAACCCGCUUCAGGACAUCUACUGUUAUGGUUACGGCUCUGGCUGAAGGAGUCCUGGAACCUGGAACACCAUUUUCCAUCCCAUUUACGGUGACAACCAAUGACACAGCAGGAUCCUUAACCAUCCGGGCCAGUAAUGACCGUGGGUUCAGCUCCUCUUUUCCUUCAACCCUGGCACUGGUGACUGGUGGUGCCAAUGGUACAGUGACCCUCACUGCGCCCCCCAACACCCCAUCAGGCAAGGAUGUCACCCUGACCAUCGAGGCUGAAUCCCCCGGGGCCACUGACACCAACUACGCAGUCCUGCGCCUAUCCGUUGUUUCCAUGGUGACAGAUGUCAACCGUCCAGUGUGUGAAGUGCUCAGUGUGAAGGCCAACUGUUCCAAAAACUGCAGCCUGUCCACAUGGGAGCUCUCUGCCAACCUGACUGACGGCGACGGUACGGGCAUCGAGCGCAUCACCCUGCGCCAGGGCAACGGAACCCUCAACACCGACACGGCGGUGGACACGUCCGGUGUGAGCGUGACUAUGGCAACAUACAGCGCCUCCUGCUGUUCUCCGGUGCUGGAGCUGGUGGCCGUGGACGUUGUAGGGAAUGUGGGGACCUGUUACAAGUCAAUCAACAGGGGCCAUACUGUAGCCCAUUCCUCCCAUCUCAGCUUCAUCAUGUUUCUGACUGUCACACUCGUUUUGAGCAGCUAGAUAGAUAGUUUUAUCAGGGCCGGGACCAGGAGGAGGGAAUCUUUGCCACCACCUUCUUCAACCCAAUUAUUAAGAUGAGAUGUUUAGAAUGGCUGAUCAUGGAGGAAGAAUGUAAAUUAUUUUUGUUCUCGUCAUCAUCUUUGAAAUUAUUAGUUCUGAUGUUUUCUCACUAUAAUACUGCCACUCCAAAAUAACUCCUAGACCCAUUUGGCCAUUCCUUUGAAAAAGUUCUGGGCACAGUGUUGCUUACUGUUACUGUGCAUGGGUGGCUGUUUGUCCUGUAAGAUAUAUAAUCAUGAUUACAUAUUUCUUUGAUAAUAUACAGUCUUUCUACAGGAACUUUCUAUUAUUGUAUACAUUCUUAUAUACAGUGAGGUGACAAAAUGGUAUCUAAUGUCAAUGGCCUGAAGUGGUACAGCAGUCUAAGCAUCGUUACUCUGACAGCAAAAAGCUUUCCUUCCACUUUCCUGUUAAAUAAAGUAUAUACAGGUUUUAAAUGUGUAAUACAAAUGUUAAUACAAGAUCUGAUAAUAAAGGAAGUAUGAGUGAAUGAAUAACUGAA